AUGUAUAUAGGCUCUCAAAACUCCAACAAUCAAGUAGAUGCAAAGUUAGUAUCCUCCUCAAUAAACUUUGAACAACUUGGAAGUAUUCUUCAAUCAAGUGUAAGACUAGAAUUAAAAUCACUUGGUGCAGUAACUAAUAAAGCUGUAAGGAGUAUAAGCCCCCUGUGA